UUAACAAACUGUUAAACCCUAUAAAUUACGAAUGGCGACACCCCACAAACCAUCUCUCUCAUAUCAGUCUUCAAAAAUAUCCAAUUUUCUCUCCAAAAAAAAAGAAAAAAAAAAGAAAGAAAAGAAAACACAUGUUCAGAUUACGUACCUCCGCCUCGCCGCGCUGCUACGGCUGCAGGCGGCUGCGCCGCUCCUGCAGCGGCCAAAACUGCCCCUACGCCCGCUACUCUCGCCUCCACAACUCCAACGCCAGCCGCCUCUUCGAAGCGGCGCCACCGCAUGCUCGCACGGCCACCGCCAACUCCGUCGCCCACGAGGCCAGCAGCAGCAGCAGCGCCAACGACCCCGUCGCCGUCGCCGCCGCCGAUCUCAGCCGCCGCGUCCCCGUCGCCGAGAACGAGCUCAACUUCGUAAACCGACAACUCGCGUUUUUCAGCGAGAGAUCAGCUGUGCAUAUGCAGCAGCAGCAAGAGAUCGUGAAUCAUGAUCAACAAAUUGAAGAAGAUGCGCCGCAAUUCCUCGACGGCGAUGAUCACAAUCCGACGAGCUCGAAUCACGAUCAACAAAUUGAAGAAGACGCGCCGCAAUUGUUCAACGGCGAUCAUCAGAAUCCGGUGAUCUCGAACGGUUAUCAUGAAAUCGAAGAAGAUGCGCCGCAGUUCAUCAACGGCGAUCAUCAGAAUCCAGUGAUCUCGAACGGUUAUCAUGAAAUUGAAGAAGAUGCGCCGCAGUUCAUCAACGGCGAUCACCAGAAUCCAGUGAUCUCGAACGGUUAUCAUGAAAUUGAAGAAGAUGCGCCGCAGUUCAUCAACGGCGACAAUCAGAAUCCGGUAAUCUUGAUUGGUGAUCAACAAAUUGAUGAAGAAGAUGCGCCGCAAUCGUUCAACGGCGAUGAUCAGAAUCCGGUUACCUUGAAUCAUGAUCAAGAAGAAAUUGAAGAAGAUGCGCAGCAAUUCUCCAACGAAGAUAAUCAGAAUCCAGUCAUCUCGAAUCAUGAUCAAGAAGAAAUUGAAGAAGAUGCCGCGCAGCAAUCCUCCGACGAAGAUAAUCAGAAUCCAGUAAUCAUGAAUGCUGAUCAACCAAUUCAAGAAGAUGCGCAGCAUUUCUUCAUCGAAGAUGAUCAGGAUCCAAUAAACUUGAAUCUUUAUCAUGAAAUUCUAGAAAAUCUUGAGCGAUACCUCGACUUGAACGACGAUAAUGAUCAGUGAUUCAUGAUUCGGAGAAUUGGAUUGGAAGAUGACCAAAGCUGCGUGGAGAUAUGAAGGCCUUUUUUCGUAGAUUCUAUAUUUUUUGAAUAGCUAGGGAAAAAAAAACAAUUGUUAAUGUGAGAAUAUAAUUCCAUAUAUGUUUGUAGCCAAAGAUAAGUCUCAUAAUUCGUGUUGUGCAUGGAAUUAUUAAAUGGAUCAUUUUUUGGGGGAUUUUCGUUGCUAGAUUCUCGAUUAUUUCAUGCAUGCAUUG